UUCGCACAGCAGUCGAGACGUGUCGUUCUCACUGCUCCCACUGCUGGUGAAGUCCGUCGUCCGCCAAUAUCGUCAUAGUUGCCGCCGCCGCCGACGCCGUUAGCUCCCUCACUGCUCGGUCGGUUGAGCGGCCUACUCGUUAGUACGGACGUACGUUCGGCUGCUGCUGCUUUUCGCGGCGGGAAGCUGCGUGCGGGCGUUUGAGCGCGAAUCUGCGGCGGUUCGGGUGGAUGGUGAACUACUGUUGCUGUCGCUGCUGGGCCAAUCCUUUCUCUCACCUCAGGCGCCUCGACACCGCCGCGCUACCCAAUCAUCGCUGGUAGCGUUCAUCGUGAGGAAUGACGACGGUGCCGGUGCAAUGGGACAAGUUUACGCGGAGCUCUUCGGCGCGCCACAGAGCUCUUCGAAGAGCUGUGGCCCUCAUCUUCGUUGUGGCGGUAUUCGCUGGCGUCGAGCUCGUUGCCGACUGGAAGAAACAAGGCGAACCCGCUGGCAAUAGGAUAGCUAUUCAACUUUCCUGGCGAAGUCGGGACCUAUUGAGUGACAACACAAACGGAGCUAUCAAGGUGCCAUCACCGACAGAAGAAACUGAAUUAAAUAUCGAGUCGAGAAAGUCCGGUAUAGGAGGCACCGAUCAUCCCAAAGAAAGCGACGAUGGUGACACCAAGUCGAAUCAGCCCGGGCCAAGCAGCGACCAGAACGAAAAGGACAACAAAAUCGCGAAAGAUUCUAAAGGUGGCAGCAAAGAUGUGUCUAGUGACCUUAAAAACAGAACUGCAGAUGUGACCAAUACCACCCGAAAGGACAAAGGACAAUCGGCCAUUACUAGACGGCCAUACGUUGGAAUUACAGCAAUCCACGAACAUCCUCGUCAUAAAAUUGUCGAAAAUGAGACAUGUCUACAGGCCGCUUUCCACGAGUUCCCAUCAGACAUCUUCUCUCAUCGGGCUCGCGCUCGAGGUGCUAUCAUUAUUCAUAUGUUUGUUGCUAUAUAUAUGUUUUAUGCUCUAGCCGUCGUCUGCGAUGAUUACUUCAUUGCUUCACUUGAAGAAUGCGCACAGCGUUUGAACCUAUCAGACGAUGUAGCUGGCGCGACAUUCAUGGCCGCCGGUUCCUCAGCACCCGAACUAUUCACUGCGAUCCUUGGCGUGAUUGUCGCCAAAGGUGACGUUGGCACGGGAACAGUUGUAGGUUCGGCCGUAUAUAACGUUCUAUUCGUGAUCGCCAUCUGUGGAUUAUACGCUGGUCGCGAGGUUCCGGUCACGUGGUGGCCCCUGUUUCGCGAUUCGGUUUUCUAUUCGUUCACCGUCAUCGUCCUGAUUAUUGUGAUAUAUGACUCGAGGGUAUCUCAGGGUGAAUCCACUGUCAUGCUUCUACUAUACGGAAUAUAUAUCGCGCUCAUGAAAUUUAAUCGUACGAUUCAUCUGAUAGUUGCGGCAAAGUUUGGUCUUUCUGAUACGGUUCAAAGUCGUGAGAUGGAUACCUUGACUGGUGAUAAGCAAAAUAAUUACGGAGGCCCGACUAAUUCCUGCAUCUCGUUUUAUGAAGCUGCUCUUAUAAUGCUCUGUAAACCGAACUUUCGACGUAAGACACGGUUCUGGGCAGCCGUCAAACGGGUUAUGCAUAAUCGCCGAAAAGCCCUACAGGGCUAUGGGAGGUUCACGCGAAGUGAAAGUAUAAUCAUGACCAGCAACAAGAAGUUCAACUGGCGAAUCCGACCACCAAUGGAAAACGGCAUGAAGGAUCAGGUCUUAUACUGGAUCCGCGUUCCUCUACUGGCUACGUUAGAGUACACAAUACCGGAUUGCAGGAGCAAUCUCGGUAGUAAGGUAUUCCUCGUCACGUUUGCCAUGUCGAUCUGGUGGACUGCCAUAUUCUCUUACCUGAUGGUUUGGAUGGUCACGCUAAUUGGCUUUACCAUGGGUAUACCCGACUCUAUCAUGGGCAUCACGUUUCUAGCCGCAGGAACCUCAAUACCGGAUGCAUAUGCCUCGCUGUUGGUCUCCAAACAGGGGCAGGGAGACAUGGCGAUUGCCAAUUGCUUUGGCUCAAAUGUUUUCGACAUUCUAGUUGGUCUUGCGGUGCCGUGGCUUAUCCAAACGACAUACAUUGACCCCUCCGGAUACGCCAUCAUCUUUUCAAAAGGACUGCUCUACACAGUCGUAUUGCUCUUCUUAACCAUCAUCAUUACGAUAGUUGCUAUCCAGCGCAGCGGCUGGCUUCUAACAAAGAAGCUCGGUACCCUUCUAAUGGCAAUUUACGUAGUUUUUCUGAUUUUAUGCUCCGCUAUCGAGUUUAACGUGUUCUCGCACGUGAAUCCGCCGACCUGCGCGGAACCUGACGAAUAGGUUCAGCCAGCGAUGGGAAGAACGGGAGGGGGUAAGGUAGCAGAAAACAUGGGAAUUAAAGUGCAGACGAUAAAGAAUUGAAUGAAAAAUGCCAAAACCAUACAAAAUAAGGACAAAUCAAAUUGAGCUCUAUGCCGAUGCUUUUCGUAGAGCGAGUGUGUAUACGAUAACCAAUUCGUGCAUGAUAGUAAAUACAAAUCGAUCGAUGAUCUCUGCUAAUAGCUUGCGUCGAUGUAUAUUUACUUCAAUACAACCAUAACUAAACAAAUUAUACACUACAGUGUCAAAAAAUAUAUUAAUUUCUGCGUACGUAAGUAUCUCGUGACUCAGCCAUGGUGCUACCGUGUCUGAUGGGCAAAUACACUAAGGAGACAAAGCUUGACUAUACUUAGACAAUAUGAAGUCUAAAAUUUGCAAAUUUAUAUGCAGAAAGGAAAAACGCAAGUCAAGAAGAUCAUGCGAGAGCGCAGACUACAAUAAUUUAUUUCAUCUAGUUUAUUUUUUUAAGUUAUCUACAGCAUGAAAAAGAAAACAGACAGAGAAAUAUGUCUGACAAACACAAAACCAUCUAGCGUCAUUAGUGUAUAGAAAACUCUCGCUCUUAAGCGAAAUAAAUAUGCCAGAUCUCUAGAUGCAUGCACGUUACGAACCCGUCGUGCUAGUCCUUUCGGACGUUGACGGAUGGGUGUCCUUGAUGCCUACGUAGAUGACGACAAAAUCAUACUAUAACACACACAAAUAACCGUCAAGUGCUACAAUAAAUAAUAAUUUCUCCGUUCAGCCCAGUGGGCGCGCCUUGAUGAACGGACCUAGAACAUAUUGUAGUCGACAGUAGAGAAAUUUCAGGGAGUAGCCGCUAUGAUAUUUUACAGAAAAACCAUAAACAGAAAGGCAGCCGCAUCACUAUAAACCACACCAACAAUAAUGACGACAACGACCAUAAUAGCAGAAUGAACUAGCAGCAAUUGGUCGGAGCAUCAUUCACAUCACCUUAACGGCCUUCGUGACGUUAAAACCUUUUACCAGGAAGAGAGACCGUAUACCUAAAUGGUACGCUCUUAAAUCUACUAUGUAGGCACCCUACGAACCGCAAGAGUGACCAACGGUUGUUGGCCUUAUGCAGUAUCAAAUGCUGCCUAUGGCAUUUGAUUUGACAUUAAUGAAAUACAACGAAACAGGACUACAUAAAGGAAAGGCUGCCUAAGCUGUACUGAAGCCCAGGUUAAUAAUCGGCUCAUUUAACAAAAAGCGAAAAGAGGAGAGCGAUGAAAUGAUAAACAAAUGCGAAAAGGUAUUGCAGGAAGACGAAACUCAGCGAAAAUGAAAUCGUUGAAACUCAAUAAUGCUGACAAUGGCGGUGGUGGUAAUGGCGACGGUCAUGCAACAUUAAAUAGCUAUGGAAACUUCCAACGACAACGGAUUCGAUGAUGAUUUACUUCGUACGAUCUAGAUUCUUACUAGUCAUUAUCAACUGAUACUACAACAACUAUUAAGUAAGUGCGAUUUCUAUAAAUCAUUGGGUGUACUUUGAAGGACGCGUGCACCAUGCCAUGUUGCGCUUUUGCAGAGGUCUGUGUGGCAACGUGCAUCUAGACACACGUCGUCCCACCUCCGUGCGCAGCUCCUCAUCUCGUUAUUUGAUGUUUAUGUUUUUGUUGAGUGGCAAAACGAAUGGAAAAGUGUAUAGAAAUAAGACAAUGCCUGUGGAAUUGUGUGGCUGAUUGUUGCAAGUGAGAAAAAUCUAAAAGACGAAAGCAAAAAGGACAGCAAAUAGGACGCAGAUCGAAGGAACAAGAAAGAAACAUAAAAGUAAGGGAAGAAACGGUAGAAGAAAGUGUGAGUUGAACGAAAUGCAACGUAUGACUGGAAUCUAGGCUUAGAACAAACGAAGAUACUUAUGGUGAGCUUGAGAACUGUUAGCUGAGCAAAGAUAAAUAAGGAAAUAUUAACUAAAUUUCUAUUUGCGAAAGAAAACAAGAACGAUAAGCUAAAAAUAAAUCCUAUACACACUGACGGCAAGAGAAAAAAAAAGGUUAUGGAGACAUAGGCAAAGGGAAAUCGAGUGAACGGUGGCGACGAUCUAGUAAAGGAUCAAGAAGGAAGUAGCAAAAAUAGGAAAGAUUCGAUAAGUUCUAAUUGUCCUAUGUCUCCACUAAACCCAAUCGCUGUUGCUGCCCUAUCUACUAUCAACCAAAUGCUUUCCUACUGUAUAACACCUUGUCCGCCGCCGAUCUUUCAUCUACACUCAACGCUACGUCUUUCAAUAUAUACUCACACAAUACUAUAGCCGAGUACCAGUAACUGAAAAAAGUAAUGACGACGGAUAUGUGAAUGUAUUUAUCUUCGUAAUCUCGUACAGACAAAAGAAAGAUGAGCCGAUGGCGACCUAUUUUCACCCUGAAACUCUUCAACGCAUAAAAAGCAUCAGCAAGAAAAACUAAUAAACAUUAACGGUAAUAUUCGGCCGUGCACUAUUGUAUGGGACAUGAGAAGAACAGCAACAUAUACAGUAGACGCAUUAUUAGGUAUCCAUUUACGAUCUGUUAUUUCAAACAGAGACGCCUUCAAGAACUUCACGUCUUUCAUGCGAUAUAUAACUAAUAUCUAACGACAUCCUCUACCAACGACAGAUUUGGAACGGCACAAGGGUCUGUAUUUUUUUAUAUUUUCUGGAUUAUAUCGCUUAGUUAACGAAUGCAUGGAGAAUUUUCUAUUAUUGAUCACAGAGACUUCAGCAUGAUUAUCCACCUAUUGCUUUCAAUUGAAUUUUUUCAAUGUUCGUAUACGGCAAAAUGUUUUAUCUAUCAGCCUGCUAGUACCUAAUUACAUUUAUAUGUAAAAAUGUCAUAGAUGGCCUUAGGUGUCGAAAAGGUUCGUUGUGGAGCAAAAAUUUACUGGAGACUGGGUCCAUUAAAUUCGACCUACCUUCACAGUUGUAAUUACAUAUAGGUCGACCCUGAAUAGAUACCUUGAACUUUGAUUCGUAGUCGUUCGUAGCUCCCAGAGGAGCUUCCGUAAAAGCACAAUAUUUUAUGUAAAAUGUUCGUUCUGGAAAGGUUCAGUACCACAAAUAACAAUAAUCACAUAGCCAUCUAAUUUGAGACAGUUAACACGGCUCAUACGUGAGAGGAUUAUGUGUCGACUAGGGCCACGAUACAUUGCCGCAGUCUUUCAUAUUGAACAUCAAUAACCGAAGUUUCGACGAUUUUAAAGCGUAUUUCACAGACUCGUAGACAGCCACGCACAUAAAACGACAGACACGCCUGAAACACAAGACAAAUACAAACGCCUAACCACCUUCAUGAUACUUAGGUAUUUAUGUAGGUCAAAUAUAAUUAGAUAGGUAUAGCGAUACACAUAUCUAUAUACCUUACGCAUUAUUUCUAUUUACAACAGUAAUAUCGAGCAUAGCCAAGGCAUGCUUGAACGGCAGCGAAAUGUUAAUGUCCUCCAGGCUACGUACGCGGACAUAUUGCAAUCCAAAAAACCUACGACGACGUUUAAGUAUGUAGUAAUAUCUUCCGAGUCUUGUCGGAAAAUCGUGUUCCCUUUGAUAUACAGCUUAGAUACGAAUAUACGCGUGCACACACACACACACACACACACACAAAAACGAAUUACUCAUCUGGUAGUUAUUCUAUUCGUGACUAUAUACACGGAUGUAUAACAUGGCUAAGAUAAUAAGGAGAAGACCAAAGUCCAUCUAAAUAAAUUUAUAGACAUUAAUUAUGAAACUGACUUCCACACUGCUAGCUCAAUAAAAAAGUCUUUAUGAAUCAAUCUCAAUAAAAAGAGUUACAACAACCGCACUACAGAACUGCGCCAUUUUUCGAAGGUAAAUCGUAGAGUUUCCAAAUUUUUGCACGAUACUACACAGAUGACUCGUAUAAAAUAUGAUAAUCCGUUAGCAUCAUUACGCCAACAUACAGUACGAUAAGCCCCCCAAAAAUGACAUAUAAUGAGUGAGUGUCAGUGGGAAUAUAGGUAGAAAAAAAAUAUAUGACACAUAAAUUAUACAAGAAAUCAUGCCGUUCGCAAAAGGCGAGGUAAAUUUUCGAAAUUAAUUUCCACGGCAACACGGAAAGCGGAAGACGGCAUAAACAGACAAAACAGAUAUAUACUAAUCAGUGUACUAGUAAAAGCUGAUGAAACGACUGCUGUUUGAUUAUCAUUAUGAUUUACAAUUCGCAGAGAUAGCUGACCAAAGGGUACCUUAUGCAAAUGCUGAAUUAUAUGGAAACAUACGUGCAAGAGAGCGAGAUGGGAAAUCAUGUCACUAAGUAGAAAAUAUAGAAUAACCUAUUGCCAUUGACGGACACUGAAAGAAUCAUGUAUUUUUUUUCCUAAAAUCAGUUUUACAGGGUGUGACCACCGCACAGAUGGCCAUAAGGUUCCAGAUGUAAUCUCUAGCUUAAAUGUUUCUAAAUUAUGCGCGUUCCUAAUGUCAGCUCGGCUUGUAAUAACGUUUGAGUUGUGUAAAUAUCACUAUACUCCUUGCUGAUUAUAUAUUCGAAAUUGAUCGCCGUUGAGCUACAGAUGUUACCGCCCAGAGCAGAAGUAUCGGUGUUCAGAGACUUCGGAACUUACAAGGAAAUAUUAGUUUUGCAUUUACGUACAUAUGAGCGUUCAUAUAAUGCGAGCUCACAGCAAAAACUUCUAGCAGUUAUUACGAUGCGCCAUACCCUGCAUACUUAAUCAGCAGAUCUAUGUCGAUUCGUAAUCGUUAGAAACCAUUAAAAUCAUAAUUAAUUUACUCACAAUGACGAAUGCCACAGUCUUUCACGCGAACGGCAUCUUUGUCGUUCCGUAAAUGAGUCAAAUAUAGAACCAGUUGACCAGGGACUAUAUAUAUAUAUAUAUAUAUAUAUACGUAGCUACACAGCAAAGUUGAAGGAUCAUCUGUUCGAGAUAAUAUUCUCAUUGUUUUCCCUAUGUUCCCGCUAAAGUCAUAUUAUUGCACAUAACAGCAUUUGAUUGGUGGAUGGUUUAUUCAAUGUUUUUCUUUAAACCACAUCUAAUGAUUGGCAUGUUCAACGGGCUUCCCUAUGCAUUGCCCUAUUUCAGAGAGCAGUAAAAAGCGCUGGCUGCCGGACUCUUUCACUACAAUUUUUUGCUUCAAACAUCCUUUACAAUAUGCUUAUUAGACACAUUGAGUACAAAAGCGAGUAUCGAGCCUACGAUUACUUCACCAGUUUUAACUUGAACUAUGAGUUUCCCUCGCUACCAUUCUCAUAUGGAUAAACGACAUAUGAAGUUAGCCUUAUAUAUAUGUGCGCCGCAUUGCAAAACGAAUUAGCUCUCACUUUGUUUACGAUACGAAGGGAUUUUCUCCUCUACUCCACGCUGAGUGGAGCCAUUUCGUUGCCAUUCGAAGCAAAAGUAUAUGGGGCGUAUAUCGGUCGUACGCAUCGCUCAGCCGAUGCAUGGACCUGUUUGUUUCGUCCCAUAUAUAUACUGAACUCUUUCACCCAUCGCUGAUAUACACCAUUUGCUACUGUCCUGUUACGAGUCACCUGUCGACUGCUACGUAUUAUUGUAGUAUUUUACAAUAAAAAUAACAAUAAAUGAAGAACAUUUUUCAGAUACGUAGAUGACACAGCGCAGUUUCCUGCCCAUGCGUAAGCUUCAUCCAUGCGAACAAAUAACAACAAUGUAAGCAACAAAAACGAAGUACGUGUAAACUUGUUUUCACGCGACAAUUCACGUGAAGUUAUAGGGGUUCGAGUGAAGUAUUGCUGCUAAAACGGGUCGCACAAUAAGGCGAUGAAAUCGAAGCGUCGGACGAUAAGUACGAACGCGAUUAGUUAGUAUUACCAUGAGAGAGUCUGUCGUUUGGAAAGGGUUAGAUGCCUUUUAGAGACUGAUGGCAGGGAGACAGACCCUGAUCUGUCGAUGUACGGCUUAGUCACAAACAAAUACGGUAGUAUGAUAUUAGUCGACUUUAAUUAUACCUUUACUAUUAUAUAGAACGAGAUAAAGCGAAAAUGUCUAAUUUUGUUAGUAUCGACGGACUAAAUGUUCUUCAGAACUAUGUUGUACAUACUAUAUUUUGAUCGUUGCCAUAUAGAGGUCGCCACACGUAUACACUGUAUUGAACAUUUUAUGUACGAGCAGACAAAUAAUGACGUCACUCAUUGUACUUUGUUUAUGUUCAUACCGUAGCAUUUCUCCCAGUUUUCUUUGAUUCAAAUAGGCUAGCUUAUGUAGUACGCCGAGAUAGAGCGCGUCAAGUGCUAUUCACACAGGCGAGACCCUACUUUUUGCUUUAUUUACUCCUUGCCAGUAGAGAUUAUUCGUUGUCCACUGUUUGUAGCAUCUUGUUUGUAAUAUAUACAUCCCUCUGUAUCGUCCCUCUUUCCUUUCGAAAGUGUGGGUGUGCGUGUGUGUGUGUGUAUGAGAAACAGCACGCCGAGGGCAGGAUCUGUGCGUCGUCUUUUCACUCAUCUUUCCAGUGCCCCGGAUGGUCCGACGUCCUGGACAAGCCUAUAGCGAAUGUUCGCUACACUGGCACGUUCAAGAUGGCAGCGAUGACUCGAUAAAAAGCAAAAACAAACUGGAAACAACAACUAAAUAUCGAACACAAGAAAAUGACAAACAAUUAAAUACUAGUAAGUGUUCUAGCAACUGAAGGAUACAUCUUUGCCGCUAUUGAGUUAAUCUAGUUAGAAAAAAAGGAAGGGGCACAAUGAGAGCAGUAACUGGUUCGCGGAAAUAUUCACAAUUAAAUAAAACAGAAAAUAACCGCUAACAAAUUAAGGGCGUGCGCUUAAGAUCGUUGAGUAGAAAUCUAAGACGUCCAGGAAGAACCGAACGAAGCACCCAACAGGAACCAUCAUUAGCAAACGAAUACACCAAAGCGAUGCUGGAUUAUGUAAGUUGAUUAUCAAUUAAAAAUGAAUGUAAUUUAAAAACGAAUAAAUUGUAAUUUGUUUGU